AACUUCUCUCUCUCUCCAUCUCCAUCGCCGGCGAAUUGAAGCGCGUUCUCUCUCCUUGUUCUUCUCACGCGGGGAGAUGGAUUGAAAUGUAAACCACAAGCCUUUAAAUUCUCUCUUUUGUUUGCUUCUUUUUUUUCCCCUUUUUUGUCGAAUUAUUAAACCCUAACUGUUGAUUCUCUGGACUUCUAGCACCACCUCGUCCGAUCCUCUGUUUUUGUCUCCAAUUCGUGGGUCAAACCCAGAAAUUCAGUUCCUUCGACGUUCGAUCUUCGUUCGCGUCUUGCCCUUUCUGUUGUUUUCUCUCACGAUAUGUGUCCCUUGAGGUUCUUACUGGUGUUCUUCUCCGCCGUACUUGCCGGUUAUUUUGCGUGGAGGACGGUGAGUUCGUCGGACGAAUCCGCCGUAGAUGCCAUCUCUGGCGAGUCUCAGGUCGAACAGAAGGAUAAACGAGGAUUCAACUUCAAAAGGACGAUGGAGAACGGGUUCUGGGUGUUCGUGGAUAUGGCGAGCGGAAGGUAUCUAUGGAGAAAUCUGAAGGAAAUGAGGGGAAAAAGCCAUUGAAGGGGGAAAAGAAAUGUACUUUUGAUUCAAAGAUCCGUUUGAUUGCUUGUGCAGAAAGCUAGGAACCAUUAUCAAUACUUGGAUGGAUGUUGGUGUGUCUCUGGUUGUUGUUUUGAUCUGAAUUCUGUAAUUUCAUCACUUGAGAUCUGAUGUAAGAAUGAGAAAGACGUGCUGUUAAGCAAUUUCUGUUC